UUUUUUCGUUUCCUGUGAAUUCUCAUCAUGUGAUGUGUUUUGUGUUCGGCUUUUCUGCUCCUGCCUUGUUUUAUGACAUUUAUUUGAUGGUUUGGUUUUGAAACUGAAUUUUCGAUUUUCAUUUCCAAUUUAUCUGAUUUUCAUUCAUACGAUUUUCAUCAUUUUUUUUCUUUUGUUUUUUCCAGUUUACCUAAUCGUAUGGCAAUGAGCAUUUUAACCCCGACUACAAGUACGCAAGUCUCCGUUAGCAACAAGAUGAUUGGUGCGAUUAUGGGUAGAUCUGGUUGUCGUAUCAAUCAAGUUCGGCAUGAGUCAAAUGCUGAUAUAAAAAUUAGUAAACAAGAACCCGGUGUUGAAGAUCGUAUCAUAACAAUAACUGGAACUCCUGAACAAAUUCAAAACGCUCAAUUUUUCCUUCAGAUGUGCGUUAAACGAUAUGGUGAUCAACUUUGAUUCCCUACUACUGUUCAUUCUGUUUUCGUUUCUUUCCAACUCCGUCUCUUGCGGAACUACUAACUAACUAACAUACCAAACCUUGCCCGUCUGCCUAAUUUUAUUAUCCCUGAAUGCUUUAUAUCUAUCUCAUCAUCAUCAUCAUUUCAAUGACACAGAUAUAUUCUAUGCAGUUCAUUUGUUUAUGUUUUUGUGGUUUUGUAAAAAUGAACAAAAAAAAGCUUAUUGUAUUAUUAUUACCUCAUUCUUUAUGAAUAAAAAUCACUAAUCAAUAUGAAAGUUAUUGUAAAUAAUAAUAAUAUGGAUCUUGCCUUCUUUCUUGUGACUCUUACUUCAUUUCUGCCUAG